UUUCUCUCUUCUUCUCGUUCUCCAGGCAAACAAUAAGUGAAAUGAAUCCGGAGAGAGCUGUCGCCGCCACCGUCCAGUGAAGUCCAGGCUGCCCAAACAACCCCGCACGACUCUGGUGGAAAUCGAAGAAGAAGAAGAAGACGAGCAACAAUCAUCGCCAAUAGAAAAAUUCGGAGAAUGAUGAUGAUGGAGGAGAAUAGCAGCAUCAAAUCGGCCGUGUCGUUGAUGGUGCUGGGCAGCAGCAGCGGCGGCGGCAUCGCGGCCGGAGGCGAAUCGGCCGCUGGCUCUGAAAUAAUUCCGCAUCAUCAGCAGCUGCAACACGAUCCUGCUGUCAAUGCGACAACCAUGUCCGUCCGCAUUUACGUGCCGGAACUCAAUGUCCAGAAGGUGAUCCACUUUCAUCGCGAAGAGCUCGUCUGGAAUGUCAAACAGCAAUGUUUGGCCAGCCUGCCUAAAGAGCUGAAGGAAAGUUUCAACUAUGGACUGUUUUAUCCGCCGUCAAACGGCCGGGCCGGCAAAUUUCUCGACGAAGAACGCCCCCUGUCGGAUUAUCCUUUUAACGGACCUGGCGGCUACCUUGAGUUGAAGUACAAGAGGCGUGUGUACAAGAUGCUGCAUCUGGACGAGAAGCAGCUGCGUUCGCUGCACACACGCGUCAACUUGCGUCGCUUCUUCGACUACGUGACCAGCGGCCAAACGGAGAAGAUUACCAAAAUGUGUGCCAAAGGGCUGGAUCCCAACAUUCACUGUCAGGAGACGGGCGAGACCCCACUGACGUUGGCUGCAGUUUCAUCUCGCCCCGUGCCACUACUUCUGGCCCUGGUUGGUGGCGGUGCAUUGAUCGAUUACCGAACGAGAUGCGGAUCGACCGCCUUGCACAGGGCCUCUGAGAAGAGCAGCAUAGAAGCUGUGAGAACCCUUCUGGACCUGGGGGCCUCCAAUGUUCGUGAUGCCAAAGGUCUGACUCCUCUGUGGACCGCAGUGUCAGCCAAAGCCUCUCCAAUGUUAUGCCAGGCACUCCUUCAUGAUUACUCCAUCCACGGUGUGCAAGAUGCUCAGGGAUGGCAUGAAGUCCACCAGGCCUGCCGUAAUGGACUUGUCCAGCAUUUGGAGAACCUGCUGUUUUACGGAGCCGACAUGAACGCCAAGAAUGCGUCGGGCAACACGCCCCUCCACGUCUGUGCUGUGGACAAUCAGGAAGCGUGCGCACGACUGCUGCUCUUUCGGGGGGCCGAUCGCGAAGCCCUUAACUACGCCAAUCAGACACCCUACCAGGUGGCGGUAAUUGCCGGCAACCUGGAGUUAGCCGCUCUUAUCCAUCGGUUUAGAGGCGAGGAUGUCGUGGCAUUCAAGGAAACUCCAUCGUUCAAUCCCCGUCGGCGAAAGUCUGGCGUACUACUGUCGAUGAGGCAUUCGAUGUCGUCGAAUGCCAUGAUGCUGGACGCGUCUUCCAUCGCUUCGUCGUCGACGACCGGAUCGAGCAGCACGCCCAGCCCGACGUUGGUGUACAGCUCGCUGACUAGCAGGUCAAUGAAUCGCCGCCAGCAGCAGCAGCCCUCUCCAUCGCCUUCCAGCACUGACCGCUGGCUGGAAUCGAAUCCCAUGUGCAUGAGCACCGUGUCUGUGCGCAGCGAUACGGGCAGCUCCUCUUCUUGUACGGCUGAAAGCGAAGAUAAUGGAAGCAGUUUGACUGACAAAAUCAGCGUGGACCGAUGCGACAUUGUCAGUGAUAGCUCGGGCGUUGGCACGUCCAACAGUGGAAGCGGCGGAAGCUACGAUGCAAAUACCCCGUCUGAGCACUCGCUGGUCCUACCAGGCAUGACAGUCAUCUGCACGGAGGCGUACAGUUGCAAGGAAGCCAACCAUCUCAACUUGCAACCGGGGGAUAUUAUUGAAGUGACGGGAUUAACAGACUGUGGGCUGUUGGAGGGCUGGUUAAGGGGAGACAGUGGCUAUUUUCCUCCCAGUUGCGUGCAAGAAGUUAGGUUGCGCAAUCCGGCCGCUAUCGCAGCGGCUCGACAUCAUCCCAGCCCGGCUGUCAUCUCCAAAGCUACUGGUGUGCCAAAUAUGGGCAUGACCCUGCCUGUGUCGGUUCCCGUUUUGCAACUGGGAAAGACCAUGGAAGCCAGAGCUGCCGGUCGCCGAGAAAUGACUGCACAAAAUUACGGAACGACUCCACGGAUGAAGUCUCUGUGCAGCGAACCGCGGACUGUCAUCCUGCAUAAGGGCCAGAGAGGAUUUGGUUUCGUGCUGCGCGGUGCAAAGACAAUGACGGGCAUGAAGGAUUUCAACCCUAUUCAGAAUCGAGUUCCGGCUUUACAGUAUUUGGAUAGUGUCUGUGAAGCUGGCAGUGUAGCCGACCAAGCCGGACUUCAGCCUGGCGAUUUCAUUCUGGCUAUCAAUGGAGAAGAUCUGGCCAAGGCUUCGCACGAGACUGUGGUCGAUUGUAUCCGUCGUUCGGGUAAUUUGGUUCAGCUGACUAUCUGCUCCGCCACCGUCCAACCUGUCAACCAAUCAGUCAGCCAAUCAGUCAGCGAAUAUUCUUUAACAGUCCCCAACAGUAGUCGACAGUAUUCAACACUUCCUCGAAAGUUACCCGGGCGGCCCCCACAACCACCGAAACGAGAUCCCCGGACGACGCUAAGUGUCCCCAGCGCCCUCCAGCGCCACCAGCGGAGAACAACCGGUCACCCCGUGUUUACGCCAGUGUGGCUGAAAUGAAGCGCAUGAGAAAGCAGAAGACGUCGGCAGAGCUGUUGAAACUACACAAGGAAUUCCACAGCACACCGGAAUUGUGUUGGGAACAGCAGCAAAAUGGCGAAGUGAUGACUUCUUCUUGGACAGCAAAAGUCGAAAUUCCACCGGAUGUUCCAUCGGCGGAAGAUGGGCGAAAGAGUCAGAGCCAGGAGAACGUCUACGGCAUGGAGCUGCAGGCUCACAAUCAACGCAAUUCGCGUCGCUCCUGGGCUCCUGGAAAUGCUGCCUCCAAACCGGGAGGGCCACGCCAUUCCGGCGUCCGUUAUCACGGCUCUUGGCAGAACAUUGAGGAUUCCUACCAGCAGUCGGAAGACGACGACGAUGGAGAUGAGACGGAAGAAGAGGAGGAGGAUGGCGAUGACGACGGAGAAGACGCAACUACUCCGAUCGCCGAUCAAUUGAAUUUGUUGGGGAAUCGCGACUACCGCGCCGUUAAGCCGUGCCGUCCGAUUUACUCGACCGGCAAUUG